AUGAGCUCCGUGCUUUUAAAUGAGCCCAUUUUGUUUGGCUCAGACCCCAACAUCAAGGAUAAUGUCUUCAUUGCUUCGGCGCAGGUUGAGGAGUCUGAGGCCCUAAAGGAUCAUACACUUGUCCAGGAAGUGCUGCGAGAGCUUCGCAAAUGCAUUCGAGCCAAAGGUGUCGAUGCCAAGCUCCUAAGGCUCGCUGAUGAACCAAAAGGUCACAUCCUAUACGCCUCCAAAGGGGAUUCUGUCUUCCCUAACAACUGCAUCUCCUUCCAUAAUUUUACCGAUGACAAGGGUGUUAUUGUGCGUCGUGUUGUAAUUCUUUACCCAAUGAGUCUCUACCGCAGAGGCGAGCUUCCAAACGAACAGCUAAUUGACAAAUUAAAGCGCGCCGCCGAAGAAAAGCUCAUCCAACUGGUGGAUCUGCGCGGCUUCGAGGCAGAGAAUCGCUGCCUGGAGGGCACCGGCGCGCUUAACUUUUCCUAUGAUGGCGCCUACGUUUAUAUGUCGCGCUCCGGCCGCACAGACGAUGCCCUUCUUGACAUCGUCUGCAGUGAAGAUAAUUUGAAAAUCCCAAAAGAGCGCCGGUUUGUGUUUUCAUCCGCAACGCCUCGCGCAGAUGGAGGUGAGGAUCUGGUUUACCAUACCAACGUGGUGGGGUGGUGUGGAAAGCGCAUCUGCGCCUGGGCGCUGGACCUCCUCCGAUUCGAAUCCGAUAACGCACGAAACGCAUUUUACGAACACUUGCUUCGUGAGUACGAUUGCAUUCUUAAGCUCAGCGCCAAAGAAAUCAGCCAUUAUGCUGGGAAUGCCUUCGAGCUCACCGGACGCACCGCAGAUGGUGCUGAGUUACCUUUCCUUUGCAUCUCGAACACAGCGCUUGAUAACUUGGAUUCGAGAAACUGGAAUCUCCUUGGACGAUGGUACGGUCCAGAAAACGUUUUGGGAUUUAUGGGCGAAGUAUUGGAAAGACGUGCUGGUGGUUCUAUUCGUUGCGUUAUGGGUGCGUCCUUUACGGUAGGAAACGUAUACCCCGCAGUCGGUGAACCCUCAACUCUGGAGCACAUUGGAGUUGUCGACUGUUCGGAGUAA